CAUAUCAAAAUUAUAAGAAGAGGAGACUCGUGUUCUGAACAUCACAUCACAGAAGGACGUAUCAGCUGACGACCAUCACCCACCGAACCACUCUCAGAACACAACAUGGGAAGACAGAAGGUAUAUUUGGACAAGCUGUCCAGAACCUGCCAGAUCCGCAACCUGUUGCUUCGCCAGGCCCUGGCAGAAUGUCUUGGCACACUCAUCCUUGUGAUGUUUGGCUGCGGCGCUGUAGCUCAACUAGUGCUCAGCGGAGGAUCCCAUGGCAUGUUUCUAACUGUCAACUUUUCCUUCGGCUUUGCGGCCACCCUGGGCAUUCUAGUCUGUGGCCAAGUGUCGGGAGGCCAUCUGAAUCCGGCUGUGACCUUUGCCCUUUGCCUACUCGGAAGAGAACCGUGGAGAAAGUUCCCAGUAUACUUUGCCUUUCAGACACUGGGAGCAUUCCUGGGUUCUGCAAUAAUCUUUGGCAUGUACUAUGAUGCCCUGUGGGACCAUCCUGACAACUUUAAUGUGACAGGAAAUCGGUCUACUGCCGGCAUCUUCGCUACCUAUCCUGGAAAACAUCUCACGAUUCUCAAUGGCUUCUUUGAUCAGCUCAUUGGAACGGCAGCCCUGAUCGUAUGCAUCCUGGCCAUUGUGGAUCCAUACAACAACCCCAUACCCCAGGGGCUUGAGGCCUUCACUGUGGGCUUUGUGGUUCUGGUCAUUGGACUGGCGAUGGGCUUUAACUCUGGCUACGCCGUCAACCCAGCCAGGGAUCUGGGGCCACGUAUCUUCACUUCGAUGGCUGGCUGGGGCAUGGAGGUCUUCACGGCUCGAAAAUGCUGGUUCCUGGUGCCCAUCUUUGCCCCGUUUCUUGGGGCUAUCAUCGGGGUGGUGGUCUACCAGAUGAUGGUGGGUUACCAUUUUGAGGGCGAAGUACGCGACCGGCGUGAGGCGCAGCAACAGAACGAAAGAGAGCGACUCAACAGCAUCAGCACUAACGACCACAACAAAGAGAAGGAGGUGUCAUAAAGAGCCUGACGUCUGCAGGGGGGGAUACACAGCAACAGGGUUAGGGUUAGAAAUAGCAACAGAUGGAGUUCUCCACAAUCUGUACACACACACAAACACACACACUCACACACCACACGCUCACACAUACGCACACACACACACACACACACACACACACACACACACACACACACACACACACACACACACACACACACACACACACACAAAGCGCAGAAUUACAUUAAUUCGUUGAUGAACAAUACAUUUUGUUGUAUUUAAUCAUAGUUUUCUAUUACUACGACUAUAGUUUCCUAUAGGAUUUUGUAGAAUAUAAUGUUAUAGAUAUAUCUAGUGUCUCCACAACAAUUGUUUGCAUAUGUGUUUAUUCUUACCAAACAAAUAUUGGCAACAUAUAUUGACCACUGUUUUAUUGUUACAUUACUGUCCCAACAUUCCAUCCUAUUUUUUUUUUUGCAUUAUCCUGUUUUGUUUGUUUGUAUUAUUAUUGAUGUUUCUACGAUAUAAAGUAUGUAUUGACAUGUUUUUCAAAAAACUAAAA